AGAUUUCGGCAGCACACAUUAUUAUGGCUUCCAGACCACCUGCAUGGCGAGCUACUUACCACCUCCCUCGUAACUCCGUUACCAUACGUCGCCUACCCCUCCUAACCCCGUUCCGCCCUUUACACCGCACAACCACUUCAAAACCCGCUCAUAAAAGUCCUGGUCAAAAAAUUGAAAUUCGGUACACAGACCCCAAAGCCGUAACCCACCUGCUCCGCACCAACCCCGACUACAGAGCCGCAUUCCUUUCCGUUGUGGCUUCUAUACCUGAACUGAACCGAGCGUACAAAGAUUUGGAGGAGUACUUGAGGGCGAAGGGAUAUGCAGAUGCCAAAGACCCGCUGAAAAUGCCAGACUCGGAGACGAGGGCUCGUAUGCAGACAGAUCAGGUGUUAGUCGAAAAGAGUCUGUUAGUGCAGAAAUUGUUGAAAAUACAUGGGGUUGUUCGAACAGUGGCCGAGGCUGAGAAUUCUGCAAAGCCAGGGCGGUCGGUCCAAUUGGUGGAUGGGGUCGUGCCUAGCUCAAAGUUGGGAAUGGAACCCUUACAGACGGAUGAGUUGUCACCGCCUUUGCGGUGGUUCAAGUCGUUGUUUAUGACAGGGGCCAAGGAGGGGAGUAGGAGCAAUUGAGCAAAGCCAUGGCUGUGGUUAGAUUCCUUGAGGUACUUGUACUUGUGUGUGAGAGCAUCUCGGAGCAUCAUGGACUUUGCUGAUAAUGUCGUGCAUGAACGCACUAUGUUUCUAAUAUAUAUUUUGAUUAUUGUCCUGCCCC